AUGUCUACUGCAAGAUCACGACCAGCAGACCUGUCGCUGCCGGCCGAUGGAGGGGCCUGGCUGAAGCAAUCAUACCAGGAUACCGAUCAGCAGCUCCACGGGAAUAACAACAACAACCCCCCUGGCCAGUCCGAACAAAGUGAUCAGCACAAUGAUCAGCAGCAGCACACAUUGCCUUCUUCUUUGCAACCACACCAACACCCAAUUGCUCUGCCCAGCGAGACUCGCGACCAGUCCUUCGUUUACUACAAUCCAAACUCCAACUCGUCAGCUUCCGACCUCACCUCCCCCCUCACUCCUACCUUUUCCCACCACGGUGGUAGCCACCUGCGAUACGCCAGCUCCACCUCGUCCCUCGACCUUCAAGCAGCUACUUCCUCGACCUGCUCCGACAGCCCAGUGUCACCGGCCCAGCCCCCACACAAUGCCAACAACAACAACAACAACAACAACAACACAAGCGCUAGUGCCAACAAGAGACUGCUGCCAGACGUGCAAGAAGAGCCGCUCGAGCGCGACGGCGACAGCGACGGCGACCUGGACGAGGACCGCCACUCUGCAAUGACCAUGUUGACCGACGACCAGAUGAGCAGUCUCUACGACUGUUUGUGUGACUCGCCAUGCAUCCACCAAAACUCCGACAUGGUCCACAGCGCCGACUGGACUCGCCCCGUCGACAAUGAUCUGGGCUGUUUCGAAUAUGAUAUGGGAUUCUUGAGCGACGGCGACCAAGAUCCCACGCUCCACCCCACAAAGCGCAAUGGCGCCGACUCGCCCCUUGCCGGUCUCACAAUGCGACUGGGUACGCGCUUCCCGACCCUGAAUCGCUGGAGAUCGACAAAGCGAAGGCACAGGGCUUUCACGGCUGCAUCCGAGCCGUCUCUCGACCUGCCUCCUGCCUUGUCCCGCGCCACCUCGACGAGCCGGUCGUCCUCCCUGUCGGCACCCAGCCGGAGAUUUAACGACCGGUCUAACGAGCCCCCUUUGCCGCCCACGCCUGCCCUGUCCUUCUACGAAUUCGAAAGCACUGAGAGCAUACCAAUCCCUAGAGUUGCCAGCAUCGACAUCGAGAGGGCGAGUGCUGUGCGACAGAGCAUAGAGAGAGAGCGGGCGCUUGCGACCACUCCUCUGUUGCCGCCCCUGAUGACUGAGGUCCCCUCAAUUAUCUCGUCUCAGACACAAUCUCAGGCGCCAUCUCCUCUCCAGUCGCCCACCAUCGCUCCUCAGUUAGGCUCGGAGCUGAACUCGCCAGUCGUUUAUGCGACUCCACCGCUGAGCACAAAGCCAUCCUUCUCUUCUUUUCGACCUCCCCUCUUGACCAGUCUGUCCUCACCAGUUGUUGCCACGAGUGACGUGGUUUGCACGAUCCCGCACCUAUUGGAACAACACGACGCCUGGUCCGACCGCCUUGGGCAUGCCAACUACACCAUCCUGCCCAGGCCCUACAAUCCCCAAGCCGCCGACUUUGACACUCUACGCACCCUACGCGCCGACUGGGACCUGGCCAGAAUUAACUACACCAAGCACAUUGUGCGCACUGGCGAACAUUACGGCACAACUUCCAAGGCCUACGCUCUCACCGAAGCGAAGUGGGCGGAGACUGAGCGGGAAUGGAAGCAGGCGCACGACGCCCUGCUUGAUCGUGUCGCCGCCCUAAACCCCGGCUUCGAAGCCCAACUGCGGUGGGACCGCCUACAGGACGACACUCCUACGGCCAUCCCAAAGAUGCUGGAUGCCGAAGGCAAGUUCCCUGAUCUGGGAGACGAGGACAUUGUUGGUCCUAUGGUGCGGGACGCUGUCAUGGUGCGUGAUCCGGGCUCAGAGGCAGAGAAUGGCGCGAGGAAGUUCUGGAAGAACCUCGCAGGCAAGGUCGGACUGAGGAAGUGA